CAGUGCUCAGUGGCAUCGACACGUUCAUCGUCUUCUUCGAACGGCCAUUUGUUGCGCGUCCUCAUAAGCCUUAUCUCCGCGUUUGGAACAUGGGACUGUCUGUCAGCGUGCGAUAUCUCACUUGUCCAGCGCAACGGUGACAACAAUAGGUGCAGUUCUACUGCCUGAGUGCCAUGUCCCGCUUCUCAAUCAACGAAAGGGGUUCCUUCUGCCCUCGGGAUCCCGGACGGAUAACCGUCCGACGAAUGGAGCCACAGGUCGUUGUGCUCUUUGUCCUCGUGGGUUUCGGGUCCUUCAUAGUGUUGUCGGCCAUGGCAGUCAGUUUCUUCAAGCCAAGUAUCGAACGCCGACGUUCCAGAGACGUGUGUCAGUCCUGUUCUUCUAGCCAGGUGUGUGUCUCUGAUGCCGUCGACCAGCAGCCGCGUUGCGUGCCUUUGACCCAAGUGUCCGACUGUUCGCAACACGGGUGUCCCGCCUUUUGUCGCUUACUUCCCGACGGGCUCGUCGUCUGCGCCGCCGAGUGCUACCCGGAGGAGUGGCACUGCCGUGGCGGUCGCUGCAUCCAAGCCACGGGGCGUUGCAACGGCGUCACCGACUGUGGCGACCUCAGCGACGAGACAAACUGUCCGUGCGACGAAGACGUCCAAUUUCGAUGUGGCAAGAACACCUCUUGCUUGGUGCUCGACCGCAGGUGCGACGGGACGGGCGACUGCUGGGAUCUGAGUGACGAAUUGGAAUGCCCCGUGGACGAACCUUGUCCAGAGGUCGGCGCGUAUCGCUGUCACCCCGGCCACUGCAUCGCCCGAGAACUAGUCUGCGACGGCGUUCGAGAUUGUGACGAUGGCAGCGACGAGGUCCAAUGUCUCGACCGGCCGCCUCGUGGUUUCAGAGCAACUACGUGGAGUUCGCAGCCGUCGAGCUCGUGAAGCCCAAGUUUGAAGACUCGUCCCACAAACGUCCCACAAACGUCCCGCAAACGUCCCGCACUUUUCCCACACUCGAAAAUUUGAACGUUAUUCGGUCCUCGCAUAUCUAGGACGCGAAAAAAGUUAUUUUCAGUUAUUCAGCAAGAGCCGGCUUCAUCUUGAUUUUGUCGCUCAUAUAAACGGGAUGUAACCCCAAUUUGGACACGAAAUAGCAAUCUACAAUGAGCAGCGCCAAAUCCAGGCUUCGUUAGAAACCAAUAAUUAUCGGGAGUCGAAUACUUUCAAAAUGUCGUCAUGAGAAGCUGGUUGUUCGCAGCCACUUUUAUCCGCUUUGCGACGAUUUUACGCUGUCUAUAUGUUACAGACACGUGUAACGAAUAUGUGUAUAUGUAACGAACGCGAAUGAACACUCGUUGCCGCCUUGAAGCGUCCGAACAACUGUUGUCACAUCCACUUUAACUUCCCCCCCCCCCCAUCUUUUUUCUUUUCUUCUCUUCCUCCUCUUCAUGCUCCGGCGUCCAUUAAAAAGUGUGGUCGUUUA